AUGACGGACGAGAUAUCCUUCCUGCCCCUCGGCGCCAUAAUCCAGAGCCUCACCAUCGGCGGCGUCAACAUCGUGCAGGGUUUCCCGAAGCAAGACCAAUACGUAUCGCACAACGCGCCCUUCUUCGGCGAGACCAUCGGCCGCGUCGCGAAUCGCAUCUCCUACGCCAAGAUCACCUCCCUCAACGGCGGCAAGUCGUACCCGCUGGCCGCCAACAACGGGCCCAACACCCUGCACGGCGGCCCCAAGGGCUGGGGCAAGCGCCUGUGGAACGGCCCGAAGCCCGUCGGGGUGCGCCAGAUCCCCGGGCUGGAGGGGGGCGAGCUCAAGGGCGGCGAGAGCGUCGAGUUCGUGCUCACGAGCGAAGAUGGCGAUGAGGGCUUUCCCGGGGAGGUUGUUGCCAAGGUCGUCUAUACGACGGGCAAGAUAGUCGAGGGCGGGAAGGAGGUCACGAUCCUGGGGAUGGAGUACGAUGCCGAGCUCGUCAGUGGUGCGGAGGAGACCGUCAUCAACAUGACGAACCACUCGUACUUCAACCUCACAGGCGGCCCAACAAUCGAAGGCACAGUAGUCAAGCUCUGCACCGGCGCCUACCUCCCCGUCGAUGACGGCGGCAUCCCCACCAGCGGCCCGAAACGCUACCCCGGCGUCGCUACGGACAAGACCUUCACCCUCGGCCCCCGCGAGCCCGACAUCGACGACUGCUUCGUAGUCGACGCCUCCGCAUCCCCCAGCUCUGUGGCCCUCGACACGCGCACCCAGCCGCUGAAGAAGCUGGUUGAGGCGCACCACCCGGCCUCCGGGAUCCACCUCGAGGUCCUCAGCACCGAGCCCGCCUUCCAGUACUACACGGGCAAGUACAUCGACGUGCCUGAAGUCGAGGGCGUGGCGGCGCGGGGCCCGCGGAGCGCUUUCUGCGUCGAGCCGAGCCGGUACGUGAAUGCGUGCAAUUUCAACGAGUGGAAGAGCCAGAUGCUGCUGGAGAAGGGCAAGAAGUACGGCUGCCGGAACGUGUACAAGGCGUGGAAGGAAUAG